AUGGGUUAUCAUCAUUUGCUUAUCCUGCUUUUCCCCUUAUCAUGGUUACUUGUAAGGAAAACAUUCAAAGCCAGUUCCCAUCUGGAUAUAAAAUUCAAGGCUCUAAUUUUUGCUCGGCUCCUUGGACGGCGUUUGAACCUAGAUAAUGUUCAGAUUGAAAGCUUGUAUCCUGAAGAAAUAGGACCAGAAGUGAUGCCUCUGGAGGACUUUCUAGUGAAUGACCUUCUCUUACUUGAUAAGGAAAUUGAAGAUAGGAUUAAACAAGCUUCUGAAAAUGGGAAUGUUCUGCGUUAUGUUUUCUUGAUUGAUGAUGCAAGAUGUGAAGUUGGCAUCCAAGAAGUUCCAAAUGAUUCUGCAUUGGGAAGAUUAAGAGGAAGUGAUAAUGUGGUGGAGAUAUACAGCCGUUGUUAUGAGAAACAACCUCUGGUUAUCCAAGGCACUGGAGCAGGAAAUGAUACCACAACAGCUGGUGUCCUAGCUGAUAUCCUUGACAUUCAAGAUUUAUUCCCUUGA